GCUGAUUCCAACGUGACAUGUGACAUGGCUGUGAGGAUGUCGGUGUUUACAUGGAAGAGGAACAACAUGUCUGUUUAAAGUCGCGUUGGUUAACAUAAAACAUGUUGAACAGAUCUGAACCUAUGGAUAAUGGCACACUGGAGGUUGCUCUCAUCCCUGAAAGUAACCUCUGCAGAAAUGUUGAGGAUUUGGGGAAAGCCCAAAUGGCCCAGGGCAGCUCUCUGUUGUGUUUCCUUAACAGCUCCGGCGGGCUAACCAUCGGCGAUAUCUCUGUCUCUCAGUCGUCAGGAAAAACUCUUGAUGGCACCUACUCCGAUGUGGCCUGGGAGGAAGUGACCGCUCACGGUGGGUCAGGUAGCGUCCACAGACUCCUCACCGUUGGGUCAGAGGGUGACCUGAAGCUGUAUGAGGUCAAAGCGGAGUGUGCAGCUUCUAACCAGCUGCUAACAUGUACCUCUAAGAGCACAGCAGAACAGAUUGUGCAGCUGGUCCAGGAGAAGGAUCUUAGUGUGCCUGAGGUGCUGUCUGUGAAGGUGCUGUCUUUCGUGGACGCCAGGUGCUGCCUCCUGCUGAACUCCAGCGUGCUGGUGCAGCUUCUUUGGAAGUGGCGGGGCGCUGGUGAUCCUCAGGCCCUGUCCUGCUGUCACCUCCGCCUCCCCCCUGGAGACCCCUGCUCCUGGGCGGACUCCCGGCUCUGCAGAGACACUCUCUUCAUGCUAACCUGCAGUGGAGUCAUAUAUGUGUUCAGCAGUGUAGAAGGUAGUCAGCUGGCCAGCGUGGACCUGGCGUGGUGUGUCCCCGCCAUGCCGUGUGAGGGUGACCUGGCGUGGUGUGUCCCCGCCGUGCCGUGUGAGGGUGACGCGCCCCCCUGCCUCUCCUCCUUCUCCCUGCUGCAGGUCUCUCCUGACCUCACCACGGCCGUGGCGGUCACCCGCUCCAACGCCGCCGUCGCUAUCAACCUCAACGACUACUUCAGGAAGCACCCAGACCACCUGCUGGGCUCCCUGCCCCAGCCCCGCUCCGCUCUCCGCCCUGGGGAGUCCAGCGACGAAGACAGCCUCUCCAGCUCCGCCUACAGCUGUUCUGCUCUGGGGGCCAGCUUCCACACAGACCGUUCCUGGGAGGCUCGUUUGACAGCCCUGUACAGCCGGGCCUCCUCCCCCACCCCCUCCUCCCCCAGCCCCUCCUCCCCCAGCCCCUCCUCCCCCAGCCCCUCCCCUCCCCAGCCAGCCAGGAGCUCCUGGUUCAGAGUGCUCCCCCUCUCAGGGGGCCUCCAGACCGCUCCUUCCUCCAUGCUCUCCCAGAGCAGGGUCCCCUCAGAGGGGGCAGGGGUCCAGCUGUGUGUCCCUGACGCCUUCGUCCCAGCUCUGCUCUCCGUCUCAGAUUUCUCCGCUGUGCUGACGCUCGUUUCCCCGGGCAACAGUCAGACGACAGUGGCCUUCUGGGAUUUUCAGUCCCAGAAGGUGACGUAUCACCGGCUGUCCCUGCCUGCCGCUCCUGUGCUGUGCUGUGGAGGGGAGCAGCUCUGUCUGAUGCUGAAGGCGUCGGGCCUGUCCCUGGUGCUGUUCUGUGUGUCUCAGGAGGAGCUGCUAAACAGACUGAUGGUGUUUGGCAGCGCAAGCACUGUGGACUCCCUGUGUCACCUGAACACCUGGGAGCGCUGUCCUAUCCCCCUCCACGCCCUGCAGGUACACCUUCCCCUCCACGCCCUGCAGGCUGGGCUGAAGAAUCACCAGCUGGACACGGUGGAGUUCUUCCUGAAAAGCAAAGAGAACCUUCUCUGUCCCACUGGCCGUGCUCCUGAGCAGUCCUCUCCUGACUCCUCCCAGAGCCAGCUGAAGAAUGUUCAGGACCUGCUCCCAGCUCUGGAGCUGCUGCAGGUCUCCAUCAGGGACACCCACACUGAGAGCCAGAGCCGGCAGUUCUCCGAGCAGCUGCUCAGCAUCACCCUGGCCUUCCUCAACACUCAAGUCAGAAGCAUCCUCUCCAGCACCCAGGAGCCAGACGAGGGCCUGCAGAAGUGUGUGGAGAUCUUGGAUGGUUACAUCAGCGCCCUGCGGAGUUACAUGAAGACACUCCCCUGGCCAGCAGGGGGAGACACCUGCUCUCCUGUUACAUCACCCUCACCUGACCCUGAGGAGGAAGACUGGAGCUCCCUGUCCACAGGGGAGGUGGUCCAGCGCGCGGUGCUGACCAACCAGAUCCCUCGGGCCCAGGCCUACCUGCGGAGCCAGAGCAAGGCAGAGCAGCGGAUAGACGAGCUGAGGAUGAUGGGUCUGCAGCAGGCCUUCAGCUGCCUGGCUGACCGAGACCUGCAGCUAGCCAGCACCCUGCUCAGGAACAUGGGUUUCAACGUGAAGAAUAAACUCCACAGCAUCUGUCUCUACACUGACGACCAGGAGCUGAGAGACUUUGUGGUGGAUGAGCUGUCGAAGCAGAAGUACUUAACAGAGGAAGAGGUUCAAAGAGUUGCGUUCAUCAAACAGAUUGAGAAUUUGGGUUGCGUGCCUGUUACUCGAGCUUCCCAGCCUGUGGACAGACAAAGGGUUCUCCAGAUGGCCCAGACAGACCCGGCCUCUAAGAGGCUGCUAGAGCAGCGAGUGCUAGAGGCCAGCGCCCAGUCGGAGGCCAGGCUGUUUACGUCCCUCCGCCUGGACUGGGUGACACACUGGGAUCCAGACACUCAGAGGACCAUCUCUCUGUCUCACUUACAGGACUCAGCAGUGAGUGCCUGUGACUCGGUGGUGCUUUGGCGGUACCUGACAUCCCAUCAGGACCAGGCCAGGGUGACCUGUUGGAUCCAGAACCUGGGCUCCCAGAACGGGGACCCCGCCAGCGCCCCCCAGUGGCCGGCGCUACCCCCAGACGUUGUCAACGACCACACCCUGUGCAGCGCCCACAUGAGGGACCACAUCCUCCACAUGCUGGCCAGGAAGGGGCUGUUUGUCCAGGCUGAGAUGGCUGACUUUGAGCAGCUGCUGUGGAGGCUGGGCCAGGCCGGGGGCGUGAUGCAGGCCGCCCACCCCCUCCCCCACUACCGCUCAGCGCUGGGCUUGGACUUCCACACGCGCUUCAUCCACCUCUGCCUCGACAGCUGCCUGCACUGCCUGCUCUACACUUACCUGGACCACUACAGGCUAACCCCGAGGAAUUGCCCCGCGCUGGCGGAUAAGAGUUUAUACGAAAGCCACCCGUGGUUUGAAAUGUUGGUGAAAAUUCAGGAGAUUACAAGAGACCUCUUGGAGCCGGGCCGUGUGUUCCAUGCCAGCCUGACCAGCGCCCAGGUGCUGCUCCCAGGUAGCCAGGCCUCCAUCAGCAGCAUGCUCCUGGAGGGACACAGCCUGCUGGCCCUGGCCACCAUCAUGUUCGCCCCUGGGGGCAUAGACCAGGUGGUGAGUCUGGGAUCAGGGGGCUCCUCGUGGAGGGUGGACCCCCAGCUGCUGAAGAUGGCCUUGAGCCUCUACCCCAAACUCAGAGCUGCUCUCUUCCCCCCCAGUGGCCCCUCCACCCUCUCCUCCGACACCUCCAUCUACCACCUCAUGCAGUCGCUGCAUCCUUUGGAUCCUUCCAGAUUGUUCUCCUGGCAGUCUGCCAACACCCUCAGUUCUACUGGAGAAACUUCGUCUGAGUUGCCACAUUUCUCCAGCCCCCACCUUGUCAGCCAGUUUGCCCUGAUUGAGAAGCUGGACUUCCUGUAUUACCUCCGUCAUGGACGCCCUUCGUCCGCCUACGGAACGUUUCUUGUCCAGAAUUUAACCGCCUUCACCGACGUGAAGUCACACCUACAGUGUGCAGCUCAGCAGGCCUACUGCUUGGCCAUGCAGCUGUUCAGCAGUGCGCCCGUGGUGGCGGCGUGUGUUUGUUUCUGUGAGCUCCUGGGGGCGUGCAGCCUCAGGACCAGGGUGGACAGGAAGGCCCUCAGUCUGGUCCUCGCUCACUGGAGCCAGAACAGCGACGAGACAACCACAGCUUCUCACAGAGACUCUCUGGCUGUCAAAGGCAGCAGGCUUGUGGAGGCUGAGAGGGCGACGGCAGAGCAGCUGCUGGCUCUGUUGGAGGCUGCUGUGAAGGACAGAAUUGAAAGGAAGGGAAUGAACAGGUGGACGUACGAGGCGGGGCAGGAGUGGGCUCUGCCAGUGCAGUUCUGCCAGCUGCACGCCCUCCCUCUCAGCUCCGUCUACCCUCUGGACUGUGCUGCCAGCGGACACUGGCUUCAUUUCCUGCUCUUUGUCCAGCUACACAGAUACCCACCUCAACAGGUGAGGUCACUCGCUGGCCAGUUUGGCCCCGCCCUGCAGGCCCACCUGACCCUCUCCCUCCAGGACCUGCAGUGGAGGGCAGACCAGGCCCUGGCCGGGGGCCUGGGCGGUGGGGAGAGCCUGCCCAGCCACGAGGCACCGGAGGCCCCCAGGGACCUGCUCCUGGUGCUGCUGCGGAGCCAGGAGGAGCCCUGCCCUUGGAGGCACCUGCUGGGGGAGGCUGUGGGGCUGCGCUGCCCCACGCUGGGCGUGCUGGCUGCUUGCCACCAGGAUGCGGACCUCCUCCAGUGCCUGUGUGUGUGGGUCCUGACCUCUGUGGAUGAGGUCGUCUCCGCGGAGGCCACCGCCCAGCUGCAUGAGAGCCCCCGACACCACGAGUGGAACCUCCACGACCUGUCCAUCAUCUGGAGGGCCCUGCUCAGGAAGCGCCUGGUCACACCUCUGAUACGAGGCUUCCAGCUCUUCCAGCGGGACUCCCCCCUGAUCCACGUGCUGCUGAUGUAUGAGCUGUGCUGCGACUACAAAAACUACCCAGAAGCCCAGAAGAAGCUCCUGGAGUUCCAGAAGUGUUUGAUCAAUCGGCGGGGUGGUGGGGCGGUGGGCGGCAGGGCGGCAGGGCUGCCUCUGCCCUGGGAGGAGAGCCAGGCCUCGGCCCUCCUGCUCAUCCUCAUGCAGCAGUGCUCCACGCAGUACGAGCUGCGCAGACUGCUGCGGCUGCUGGCGGACAUGGACCGGCUGCUCAAGUCUAACGGUCCAGACUUCAAGAAGCUCAGUCUGCUGUCUCAGGUCCUGAAGGACACGUGUGUGUGUCUUCCCCCCGCCCUGCUGGACAGCUACUCCACCCCCGCCCUGCAGGGGGCGAGCCAGGGCCUGCUGGAGCAGCUGCAGGCCAGUGCUCUGUUCAGCCAGGCGCGUCAGGUAGCACAGCUGGCUGGCCUGCCCAUCGACAGCCUGGUCAUUAAUGAGUUAGUCCACGACCUCAUCUCCCAGAAGGCCAAGCGCCAGUGGGAGAGGAGGGAAACACGAGUGGUCUUCUGGAGGAAAUGCCACAAUCAGUUCAGGACUAACCGCACUAGUCCCGAGGCUGCCUCGGAGUUCUUCCUGUCCCAGGCUGGAGGCCCAGAGGCCCGGCAUGGCUCUGUGGAGGACGUGGAGCUGGUCUGUGUCCAGGAGAGGUGCCUCCUCCUGGGCCUGGCUGGCCACUGGCUGUCCCUGCUCAGCCCGGCUCCCCUGGAACGCCUGGAGGACCUGGAGAAGCAGCUCUGGAUCAGCCGCGUCCGGCAGCAGGUUCUGCAGACUGCCAUGGAGACAGAGAGUAUGUUCUCCUUUCCUGCUCCUGCCGUUCCCCCAGAGGAGAACUCCUACGAGGCCUUGGUGAAGGAGUUCUCCUUCUCCAAGAUGGCGGUGCUGAACCAGCCCCAGUACCUGGGUCUGGAGGGUCUGGAGGGGCCGGCUGGCGGCGGGGAGGCUUCAGGGCAGCUGGGGAGUGAGCAGGAGCAGAGCGCCCUCUCCUGGCUGGUGGGGCAGCUGCUGGAUGAGGGCUGCGUCCACGAGGCGGGACGUGUGUGUCGCUACUUCUCCUUCUGCCCCCGGGACAUGUGGCUGGUGCUGCGCUGCCGCGGCCUGGCGUCUGGAGAGCUGCAGGCCGGCCUGACGGGCAUGCUCCCCCAGGAGGGCUCGCCUACCGACAGGCUGCCCAGCGUCUCCAGCUUCUCCAGUCUGUCCUCCUUCGUGAUGGUUCCCUCCCCAGAGGACCAGGUGCUGAGUCAGCUGCAGAGGCUGGUGGACCAGUGUCAUCACGGCAAGAGCUACUGCAAGCAGGUCCUCAGCCUGUACGAGCUCUCCAAGGAGCUUCGGUGUUUGUACAGUGAGAUCUCGAGCGAGGAGCCCCUGGCCGUGCUGCAGAAGGUGCUGCUGUCCCGGCAGCCUGACCGCUACCAGAAGGCCCAGGCCUUCAUCAGCGUGCAGGGCCUGCAGCCAGACACCCUGGCCGCCAUGCUGGCCUCCGCCGUGCUGCAGGGCCUGCUGGCCUCCAUGCAGGACGGAGACGCAGCGGAGAAGCAGAUGUUCAGGCCAGCGGAAGGCAGGGAGGCCUUCCUGCAGCUGGCCAAGCUGUGUGGAGACGCAAGCCUGCUGGGGCUCCGCCUACUGGAGCUCAUCCCCUCUGUGCCCCUGAGAGAGCUGGCCUGCAUGGUGGAGUUGUUGAUUCUGAGCCACGACUGCUUCAGCCUGACGUGCAACAUGGAGGGCAUCGUCAGGGUGCUGCAGGCCGCGCGCCACCUGAGCCACACACACCUGGCACACAGUGACAGUUACAGCCUACUGGUGCGUCUCCUAACAGGUAUCGGCAGGUACAACGACAUGACCUACAUCUUCGACCUGCUCAACCAAAACCACCGCUUUGAGAUGCUGCUCAGGAAGAACGUGGAGUCUCAGAAUGCGGGUCUGAAGACUGCCCUGCUGGACUACCUGAGGCGCUGCCUUCCAGGAGACAGUGAGAAGCACAACAUGGUGGCCCUGUGCUUCAGCAUGAGGAGGGAGAUCGGGGAAAACCACGAGGGAGCCGCUCACACGCAGCUCAAACUCAUCCAGUCCCAGGAAGGGGCCCAGCCCUGGGCGGUGACCCCAGAACUGAAGAGCAGCCUGCUGAAGGUUCUGACCCUGCUGAAGGACGCAGCGGAGAGCUACUCAAAGGACUCGUGUGUGCGCCAGGCGGCCCGCUGUGUGAGGAUGGCCAAGCUGGUGACGCUGCAGCUCCACUUCCUGAACCAGGGGCAGGAGCAGCGAGUCAUCAACCUGCGUCCCUCAGACCUCCUCAAGACCAUCAUCGCCCUGCCGCGCUGCUACCAGGGCUUCGUGGUGGCCGAGGCUUACGACUACAGCCCAGACAUGGCUGAGCUGCUGUACCAGAAGGUGGUCGUCAGCGGAGACUUCUCUUACCUAGAAGAGUUCAGCAGGCUCCGCCCCCUGCCCCCCAGCCUGUUUGAGGACAUCUCUAAGAAAAUGAUCCACAACAAACCGCCCAGCAGUGCGGGGCAGAACAUGAAGAGACUGCUGCAGCACUGUGAUGAUGUGUACACAUACUAUAAACUGGCCUACGAACACAAGUUCUUUGAUGUGGCCAACAUGUUACUCCAGGAUUCAAAAACGAGCAGUUAUCUCAAUGACAGACUUGGGAGCUGAAUACAAUUGCACCUCUGGAUUUAUUUUUUGAGUAAUUUAAAAGAAGUACCGUUCAUGGAACAUCUUCUAUGAUGAAACUGUUGCAGAAUUCAUGUUUAUUUUAUCCAUGCUAAAUCUCUAACAAAUUAAAUAUUGUAUGAUCAAAAUUAAGUUUGGAUCCACUUUGCUCUGGAAAGCAUCUACAGGAUAUAUUCUGGGACCUCUUGUGAUCCACAGUGAUGACAUGAUCCCAGAUAUUUACAUUUACAUUUAUUCAUUUAGCAGACGCUUUUAUCCAAAGCGACUUCCAAGAG